CACAAUCCAAUAGGCAUGAUUUUCACUUGUCAAUGUUUAACAACCACAGCCCCGCCAAACGCCUGUAAUAUCAUAUUGGAAUUUGUUUGAUGGGCAAUACACCGUCGGCGCCGGUGACCUAAAUCUCAUAACCACCCAAACACCAAAACCUCCGAAUCCUAAAUCCUAAUUCUUUACCCAUUCUUCAGUCUUCAUAGCUCAAUUCAUUUAGGGAUUUAUUCAAUUCUCGACAGCCACCGUGGAAUUGUUCCGUCUUUUGCUGCCACUGUCCUCUCCUUUGCCGUUGUCGCUUACACCGAAUCUCUCUUCCUGUAUAGAGUUUUGGCUGUUAUGUCAGGUCUCAAAACUCUUCCGAACCACAGAAUAUUAGUGAUUUCAGUUCCAACAUCAUGCAUGAUCCACCAAAUCCGGCCACAUCACCUUACUAUUCGAAAGCAGUUUGAGAAACCAAGAAACCUUGUCAUAUAUGCUAAAGAGCAGAGGAACGUUGAUGAAAAGGAGCUAAGCGAAGAGGCAGUUCCCGGCAAUGGCAAUGACAAUGACAAUGGCAGUGACCCAACAAAUAAACAGGCUCCAUUCUUCAAAUUGAGAUGGACUGAGUUGCUACUUGACCCGGACCCAGAUAACGUUUUAUCUGUGGGUUUGACAGGUUUGCUUACAUGGGCAAGUGCCCAAGUGGUGUGGCAGCUCUUGGCCGUCUCAUUUUCAAUUGUGGUUGCUGCCCUUAAGUACUCUUUUGUUGCUGCUCUUCUUAUUUUCAUUCUUGUUGCCCUUCUGUAAUUGCAUCAAAUUGGUUGAGAUGCAUUAACAUGGUAAAUGCAACAUUUGUUUGAUGACUUUGUUAAAGUGGGUAAAAUGUAAAUGCAAUUCUUUUUAUGGU